GUUUAUUUUUUUAUUCUGAUUAUGCAAUCUAUACAAAUUCUAUAACUAAGAAAAUACUUUCAUUGUUUGAAAACGAUCCUACAUCAUUAUAUCUACAAGUCCAUUGUAGUCUAAUAUCAUCUAAUCAUAUGUACAUUAAUUUAUUGAUGUCUACAUCAAAAUACUUUGCACAAGAAUCUCAUCAAAACAAAGUCGAAAUAGAUUUGGUUGAUAAUUUUUUACGCCUUGAAAAUGAUCUUAUAUCUCAGUUAAACGGUUUGAGUUAUGGUCCAGAUGUUGAAUUUAUUUACAAUCCAAUACAGUAUGCUUAUAACCUUCACAAGGCAUUUUUAAAAAAGUUUUUAGUAACACAUAAGAAAGUAUUGUUCUUAGGGAUCAAUCCAGGACCCUGGGGAAUGUGUCAAACUGGAAUACCAUUCGGUGAAGUAAAUAUUGUGAAAAGUUAUUUAAAAGUGGAUGGAGAAGUAUUACCUCCAGAUAAUUGUCAUCCACAAAGACCAGUUAAUGGUCUAAACUGCACUAGAAGUGAAGUGAGCGGUAAAAGGUUAUGGAAUCUUUUUAUUACGCUCAGUAAAGGCGAUCCAUACAUCUUUUUUAAAUAUUGCUUUAUUCAUAACUAUUUUCCCUUGGCAUUAAUGAAUAAAAAUGCUAAAAAUAUCACACCAAGCGAUUUAAAGAGUAUAUAUCAAAAAAAGGUACAAGAUAUCUGUGAUAAAUCAUUAAAUGAUGUAAUUACCUUACUUGGAAUUGAUAUUAUUGUAGCUAUUGGAAAUUAUGCUGAAAAAAGGUCUAAUGAAGUAAUUAAAAAAUAUAAGUUAAACAAAAUUAAGGUUAUAAAAAUUCCUCAUCCAAGUCCUCGUAGUGUGGGUACUACUGAAAAAUGGGAAAGUGAUACUUUAAAUCAAUUAAAUUCAUUUGAUAUUAUCAAGUUAUUGAAAUAAAAAUGGAUUGG